AUGAUUCGAGCUUGUAUACAAUUAGAGCUGGAGUUUAGCUCGCUUUUAUAAAAUAUCAUACUAGCCAAACUUGAGUUUAACUCAUUUAUAUAUAAUAUCAAAUUAAUUACAAAUCGAAUUUUCAAUUUAUUAUAUUUAAAAUGAGCUAAAUUUGAAAUGAGCCUUGGUCCAGCUCAAGAAUAUAAGAAUUUCUCGAGCUCGGCUCGAGAGGAGCUUAGUUAAUUUUUCUCCCGCUAGCUGAACCUCAACGGUGAAAAGCUCGGCUCAUUUGCACCCCUCCUCCUCACUGAAAAAAAAAAAAAAAUCUUCUGCCCCAUCCUCACUAUUGCUCAGCUGGGUCACAUCUGAUUCUGUUCACGCCGAAUUGGUACCGUUGUCGUUGCUCAGUUGCGUUGCUCAAAUCGUCAUUGCUUCGUGAUUCCUCCGAGAUUCCCUCUGCCGCCGCAAUCUCAGCUGUUGAGCCGGUUAAGUUGAUUUCCGGUGAUGAAGUGGUUGUUGUUAAUGAGAAAUGUAAAGCUGGCUAAAUAAUAAGUGCUUGAUCUAUGUUAAAUGAAUUAGUGCUGGUGGAGAUAGAUAAGAAGCAGCAGCAAUGGAGAGGAUAUCUGCUGCUUGUGCUAUGGAAUGGAGCAUUGAGCUUGAGAAGUCCCUGCGCUCCAAAAGGCCAGGUCAAGCUGUCAAGGCCAUACAACAGUUUGGGGCAAGACUGCAGCAGUGGAGCAGAGAACCCAAACCCACAAUGGCUGUGUACCAUAUAUUUGGUUUAGUUAUGGGUGAAGAUAGGGUUUUUGCAAAUACAAUUUUUUUACGACUUGCUGAUGUCUUUAGAUUGGGUGACAGAGAUACAAGGCUUUCUAUUGUAAGUGUUUUCUUGUCAGAGUUCAGGAACCAUGUCAAAGGAAAGAAAGGCAGACGAUAUGAAGGCAUUUUAUCAAAGGACAGGAUACACAACCACAUGGAACUUUUGAAAAGAGUAAAAAUUGUUUAUGAUACUGGAGAUGUUGAAUCAAGAGCAAUGGCUUUGGUUUUGUUUGGUUGUUGGGCUGAUUUUGCAAAAGACAGCGCUCAUAUACGUUACCUAAUACUUUCCAGUCUAGUUUCCUCUGAGAUAUUGGAGGUGAAAGCAUCUUUAUUUGCAGCUAGUUGCUUUUGUGAAUUGGCAGCUGACUUUGCGUAUGUUGUGUUGGAGAUGCUGCCUAAUAUCAUGCUUUCACCUGACACAUCAUUGACCAUAAGAUUAGCUGGAGUACGGGUUAUUGCAAAGAUGGGAUCCUCAUAUUCUACUGCAAAUAGUGCUUACAAGAUAGGUCUAAAGCUACUGUCAGGCUCUUCAGAAGAGGAUUUUUUGGUUGCAGUGCUGGUUUCUCUCUCAAAACUUGCUAACAGAUCAACCUUUCUUCUUUCUGAACAGGUGAACCUCCUUUGGUCCUUUCUCAGCUCAGGAAGAACUUUGCGCCUGCAAGCAACGGCAUUAAGGUGCCUUCAUUUCAUGUAUGUGAAAGGAGUUUGUCAGUCUCCUGUCAAUUCACAUGUUAUCAAAAUUUUACUGAGGAUCAUAGAUGACAUUGAACUUCCAUCAACUAUGCAAUAUGAAGCGUUACAAAUUUCACAUAAGAUUCUUUUAUAUGGAAUACUUGAUCUUCCCUGUGACAACAUGCUUGAAUUUACCCAGCUGUUGAACAUUAUUGAGAAAGCAGCCAACUUGCCUAUAACGCCAAAGAGCCUCCUAGCAGUUCGUAUUCUAGUAGAUCUAUCAACAAAGCUCAGGGGAGGAAUCAAAACAGGAUCUGAUGGGGAUUGUUUUCUUUCUCUGCCAAAACAGAUCAUCUCAUCAAUUAUGAAUUGGAUCAUCUCGCUGGUGUUACCGUUGUUUGAUGUUUGUCAAAAUAAUUCUAAAGCAUUUCAAGAAUUUCAAGUCCUGCUCAAUCUUCUUCUUUGUUUGGUUGGAGAAGAUCCAGACCUGGGAGUGUUCGUUUUGCACAAAUUUCGAUCAUUUAUUGAAAAUCUCAUGGAUACACUUGACAGCAGAAUGGCUACAAGGCAAGCAGGUGCAUCGGUUGAUGAGCUUGUUGAUUUUAGGGGACAAAAUGGCAUUGGCUUUAGGUUGCUUCUGGUAUAUAAUGUUCAUAGAUUUUUUGCAAGUUGCAUUGAGAAUCUUAAUGAAAUUGGCACCAUUACCACUGAAAUUCUUGAUGAAGUUCAGUUUUUAGUUGAGCGUGUGCAGAGUUGCAAAUUAUUCGAUCAUUAUACACAUCUGAUUUACUCUAUACUGUUGCACUCUCACAUUAUCUGGGGUUGUGUGCUCAACAAGAAUGAGGAAUCCUGCAGUAUUGGUGGCAAUUUGGGUAAAUCACUUUGUAACCAUUUGGUUGCUCAUGAAAUUUUCUCACUGGAGCUUGCAGAGAAAAUGAUUAUACAGAAGGAUAACUGGCAUGCUUACAAAGCUGGGACGUUUGCUGCAUAUCAGGGAGCAUGGGUCACGACUGCAUUUAUAUUUGAACAACUGUUAGGUAAGGCUCAAUCCAAUACCUGUUCUUGUUGGCUAAAAGGAUUAUCUCAAUUAGCCCAGUCUGAGGUGAAAAUUCAGCUUUUUCUCUUACCAAAUCUCAGGUCCAGCCUAGUGGAUUGGCUACAGUUGAAAGAAUCUCGCAUCACUAAUUUUGCAGACAAUAUUGAUGAAAUUGCCCGAGAUGCUGCUGGGAAUAUCAAUCAGCCUGAUUAUGUUAAAGUGCUUGUUGAGGCUUAUCAUGGUCUUUGUUUGUCAGGGGAAAUAUUGAAAUCCACUGCCAUGUUGGGAAAAUCAUGUUUCCAGAGAUGGUUUUUGGCUCUGAGAGCGAAGGUCCUAAGAACUGUAGUGGAUACGCUUGAAAUUUUAGGCACCAUUUCACUUAUCAAGGAAUAUAGUAGCAAUAAUGGACAGGUUGAGAAAACUGUUACAAUUAAGUGUCUUAACUCUUUGAGACAAAUUACUCAAAUAUCAUUUCAAUUGAAGAGUUUGACAGAAGAAAUUGAUAUAAUUGUCAUGUCUUUCAUUGGCAUGGAUAGCAGAAGUUCAAAAAUUAUUUCUGCUCUUGCACUGAGUUGUUCACUACUGGCUUUUAUUACUGGAUUUGUUCUUUUCAUUUCUAACUUGCCUGACCAUGAAAUUUUAACAUGUGGUCUCGAAUGCUCAAGAAAUUAUUUACAAGGAGAGCUAAUACAGAAUUUAGUUGGGCAGUUGUGGUUUAUCGACCAAGGGACCUGUUCAAAGCUGUUCUUGCUUUCAGAGUUCAGGGGACGGACCAAAGAUUGUUUCCAUUUGCGGCCCAGAAAUCAAAUAGUGCAUUCUGGUGGUAACAUAAGAGAGAUUCGCAGUCUUUGUGAAUAUGCUGUUUCUGGCAUUCUUGGCCUGCAAAAUGAGACUAAGCGUGUUCCCAAUGAAGAGAUUCUGUCCCACACUGCCCGAUGUGGUUCCCAGCUUGUGUUGAAGACCAUCAUGAAAUGGAUAAAUAUUCCUUUUCGAAUCCCAAAGUAUUUCUUUAAGUUGAGGCCUUGCAUUGGAUCAGAGCUCUUUGCGUUUAGUGCAGACACUAGAAACCCAACUGAGCUAACUUUGUUGCCAGGCUUCCACCUAUCAUUAAAUCUUUGUCUUCAAUUGAGGAAUAUGCCGUCAGAUCUCAUAGUUCGGAUGACAAAGUUGUAUUGCGUUCUCUGUUCUAGUGCAUCUUUUCAGGAGCCUAAAUCAUGUGAAGAAACCAGAGGGGAGAUGCACUUGGAUUACCAGCCGUGGGAAAUAUCCAGUAUGAUAGCAAUGAACAGAAAGUUGUUGCGCUAUGUAACUGAGCGUGAAAAGAAGAUAGAUAAUGGUAAAAGCGGUAGGGAUUAUGAUAGUGAUAAUGAUGAGGGAAAGGUAUAUGGAUUUGUGUGUUUUGAGGUAAAUGAUAGAGGGCAAGGAUUUUCAAAUUGCCUGCUUGAUGUCUCCAAUUUUCCUGUAGGUUCUUAUAGAAUCAAGUGGCAUAGCUGUUUAAUAGAUAAUCAAGGUUCUUAUUGGAGCCUUCUUCCGCUAAAUGGCGAACCUGUAUUUACUGUACAGGGAUCCCCUGUUGAGGGCUAAGGUAGAGAACAGAAUUUCAAUACAUGACGACUUAUUAACGUUGAAAACCACAUCUUUUAAGUCUUAAAUAUAUGUAUGAGCACUUGAUUCAAAGAUCUCAAAUUAUUGUCCCCUGA